UCCUCUCCUGGGGCAAGCACAAGCAAGUGGAGAUUGGCAGACAAUGGCAAUACAAGGGCUGGCUUUGGCUGCAUUCAUUCUUGCAGCGAAGGCAACAACAUUGGUUUCGGCUGCUUCACUCGUCACAUAUAUUUUUGGUGACUCGUUGACCGAAGUUGGAAACAACAAUUAUCUUCAAUAUUCUCUUGCAAGGUCUGAUUAUCCGUGGUAUGGAAUCGAUUAUUCCGGUAGAAAGGCAACCGGAAGGUUCACAAAUGGGAGGACUAUUGGUGAUAUAAUCUCUGCAAAACUUGGGAUUCCACCACCACCACCUUACCUUUCUUUGUCAAAGAAUGAUGAUGCAUUACUUACGGGGGUCAACUAUGCAUCUGGUGGAGCAGGAAUUCUUAAUGACACGGGCUUAUAUUUUAUUCAGAGAUUAUCCUUUGAUGAUCAAAUAGACUGCUUUAAAACGACUAAGGAAUCAAUCACGACUAAAAUAGGUGAAGAUGCUGCCAACAAGCUUUGCAAUGAGGCCAUGUACUUCAUUGGAAUUGGCAGCAAUGACUAUGUUAACAAUUAUUUGCAGCCAUUUUUAGCAGACGGUCAACAGUACACACCUGAAGAGUUUGGAGAACUCCUUAUUACUACCUUAGACAAACAGCUUACGAGGCUAUACCAACUGGGUGCCAGAAAGGUGGCCUUCCAUGGCCUUGGUCCACUUGGUUGCAUUCCAUCUCAGAGGGUGAAAUCGAAGACAGGGCUGUGCUUGAAGAGAGUAAAUGAAUGGGUGUUGGAAUUCAACUCCGGAGUUAAGAAGCUGAUCGGCACUUUAAACCACCGAUUCCCGAAUGCUAAAUUCACAUUUGCAGAUACAUACGGAGAUGUUUUGGACUUAAUUGAUAAUCCUACUGCUUAUGGCAAGUGCAACCAUCUUUUAAUCAAUAAUCCUACAGAUGCUUAAACUAGCUCUUUUCUUAAACAAUUCCUUUUUUUUUCAGGCUUCAAGAUCUCCAACACUUCAUGUUGCAACGUGGAUACCAACAUAGGAGGUUUAUGCUUGCCAAACUCAAAACUAUGCAGCAACCGCACAGAUUAUGUGUUCUGGGAUGCAUUCCAUCCUUCUGAUAAAGCAAAUGAAAUACUAGCAGAAAAGUUCUUUUCCACCCUGUUCUCAGGUCCUCCAUCUAUAGCACCAAAGCCUUCUCACUGAUUGAUAACUCAACAACAGAAGAGAGAAUACAUUGAGCUGAAACCCUAUAAAGGUAAUGGGGCUUAAUGCAUCUACAUUAGGUUUUUGAUGGAGAGACCUAUUAGAUAUUCAUGUAGCUAAUAAAUACUUUCGCAAUCUUUCCAUUGUCAAACAAUGAACUUAUUAUGAAGUAGCUAAAUAAUCAAAUCAGUUGAAUGGUGAGUGUAAAAUACAGCUUAUUUUAGCCUUCAAAACCCAGUUAAAGGCAUCACAAAUGAAAAACAUCUCCUGUAUGCAUCACAAAGGCACAUCAAUUUAUGAUCACUGUCGAUCUAGCUUCCACAAAAGCAGGGGUAAGAGCUUGGAACAGAGAAAAGCAUUUUGGGCAACGAAUUGAGCACUUGAUUUCAUUUAUAUGA